UUAACGGCAGUGAAUACGCAGUUCGACUAAGUUUCAACAGGUCGUGCUGUUACUCGCAUAUCUCUUCGCUAUGGGGGGUAAAUCAGGCUUGUUAGUAAUAUGCAUUACAAUAGUCCUCAAAAAUCUGAGCACGUCAACAGCAACUAAUGCACCUGUCGUCCAGACCACAUUAGGAGCUCUUGAAGGUGAAUACAUGCUUGUGAAGGGGAGUGCGACACUUGUCCACAGUUAUCUGGGUGUGCCUUUUGCAAAGCCGCCUUUGGGUCCCUUGAGGUUGGCUCCACCGGAGCCGGUGGAGAGAUGGGAAGGAGUGAAGAAAGCCACAGAGCAACCUCCCAUGUGUAUGCAAGAUGUACAGCUGAUACGUACACUGAUGUCUAAUUUGUCUCUCACCAUGGAAGUUCCUGAUAUAUCAGAAGACUGCCUCUACCUUAACAUAUACACACCAUCUAAACCUGGUGAAGAUGCCAAACUACCUGUCAUGGUUUGGAUUCACGGUGGAGGACUGACCAUGGGUUCUGCUUCUGUUACUGACGGAUCUGUAUUGGCAUCUUACCAGAAUGUUGUUGUAGUGGUUAUCCAAUACAGACUGGGUAUACUGGGUUUCUUCAGCACAGGAGAUGAACAUGCCCCUGGUAACUAUGGUGUACUGGACCAGGUGGCCGCACUUCGCUGGGUCCAGGAACACAUCCACAACUUUGGAGGUGAUCCUAAUUCUGUCACCAUCUUUGGAGAAUCUGCUGGAGGAGUGAGUGUGUCCAUGCAGCUUCUCUCUCCAUUAUCAGCUGGCCUUUUCCAUCGUGCAAUUGCACAGAGUGGUGUUGCAUUAAUGGAUGCAAUUCAGAACCCCAACCCUUUACCAGUGGCCCAGCAUGUGGCCAACGCAUCAGGUUGUGACAUCAGCAGCACAAAGAAGGUUGUUGAAUGCAUAAAGCAGUGGUCAAUGGAAGAUGUUGCGGCAUUUGUCAGGGAGCCCAAUAAUGCCAUGCUGACCUUUGGAAUCACAGUGGACGGGACGUUUCUGCCAAAACCUGUGAAAGAACUUAUGAAGAAUCAGGAGUUCCAAAAGAUACCACUAAUGACAGGCGUGACAAAUGAUGAGGCUGGCUGGUUAUUGCCCCGUUAUUUUGCCCCUCCAGAAUGGGCUGAUGGAAUGGAUCGUGAUCAUGUCAGACCAAUCCUGGCGGUGUACCCUGAUGCAAGUGAAACCUGGAUCAAAGAACUGAUACUGGAUGAGUACAUUGGCACAUCUAGUGACAGGAUAAAAAUCCGAGAUGGUUUCAGAGAGUUAUUGGCAGAUAUAUUGUUUAACAUCCCUGCUCUCAAACUAGCAAAUUACCAUAGAGAAGCUGCACCAGUUUACUUUUAUGAGCUACAGCAUCCUCCCAGCAUAAUCCAGAAGAAAAGGCCAAGUUUUGUGGGAGUCGACCAUGCAGAUGAUCUUCAUUUUGUUUUUGGUGCAUGCUUUGCAAAUGGACACAUCAAGAUUACAGGCCAGUUCACAGAGGCCGAGGACCAGCUCUGUAGAAAUGUCAUGUCCUAUUGGGGUAACUUUGCUCGGACUGGGUCUCCAAAUGGGCCAGGAUUGACUCUAUGGCCUGAGUUUGGAGAUGAGGCUGAGUACCUGGGCAUCGGGUUGGAGCAGCGGCCUGGUACAAACCUGAAGCGGAAGCGGUAUCUCUUCAUGACUAAGACUAUUCCAGAGAUGCUAAUCUUGCGUAAAAAGACUCCUGUUGUGGAGACCAAAUUAGGAGCUCUUGAAGGUGAACACAUGCUUGUGAAGGGGAGUGUGACACUUGUCCACAGUUAUCUGGGUGUGCCUUUUGCAAAGCCGCCGUUGGGCUCCUUGAGAUUGGCUCCACCCAAACCUGUGGAGAGAUGGGGAGGAGUGAAGAAAGCCACGAAGCAACCUCCCAUGUGUAUUCAAGAUGUACAGCUGACACAGGAAUUGAUGUCUAAUUUGUCCUUCACCAUGGAAAUUCCAGAUAUGUCAGAGGACUGCCUGUACCUUAACAUAUACACACCAUCUAAACCUGGUGAAGAUGCCAAACUACCUGUCAUGGUUUGGAUUCACGGUGGAGGAUUUAGCAUCGGUUCAGCUUCUCUUACCGAUGGAUCUGUAUUGGCUGCUUACCAGAAUGUUGUUGUAGUGGUUAUCCAAUACAGACUGGGUAUACUUGGUUUCUUCAGCACAGGAGAUGAACAUGCCCCUGGUAACUAUGGUCUACUGGACCAGGUGGCCGCACUUCGCUGGGUCCAGGAACACAUCCACAACUUUGGAGGUGAUCCUAAUUCUGUCACCAUCUUUGGAGAAUCUGCUGGAGGAGUGAGUGUGUCUCUGCAGCUUCUCUCUCCAUUAUCAGCUGGCCUUUUCCAUCGUGCAAUAGCACAGAGUGGUGUUGCAUUACUGGAUGCAGUUCAGAGCCCCAACCCUUUACCAGUGGCCCAGCAUGUGGCCAACACAUCAGGUUGUGACAUCAGCAGCACAAAGAAGGUUGUUGAAUGCAUAAAGCAGUGGUCAACGGAGGAUGUUGUGGCAUUUGUCAGCAAGCCCAGUAAUGCCAUGCUGACCUUUGGAAUCACAGUGGAUGGGAAGUUUCUGCCAAAACCUGUGAAAGAACUUAUGAAGAAUCAGGAGUUCCAAAAGAUUCCACUAAUGACAGGCCUGACGAAAGAUGAGUGUGGCUGGUUAUUGCCCCGUCACUUUGCCCCUCCAGAAUGGACCAAUGGAAUGGAUCGUGAUCAUGUCAGACCAAUCCUGGAGUUUUACCCUGAUGCAAGUGAAACAUGGAUCAAAGAACUGAUACUGGAUGAGUACAUUGGCACAUCUGGGGACAGGAUAAAAAUCCGAGAUGGUUUCAGAGACUUAUUGGCAGAUAUGACAUUUAACAUCCCUGCUCUCAAACUAGCAAAUUGCCACAGAGAAGCUGCACCAGUUUACUUUUAUGAGCUACAGCAUCCUCCCAGCAUAGUCCAGAAGACAAGGCCAAGUUUUGUGGGAGUCGACCAUGCAGAUGAUCUUCAUUUUGUUUUUGGUGCAUGCUUUGCAAAUGGACACAUCAAGAUUACAGGCCAGUUCACAGAGGCCGAGGACCAGCUCUGUAGAAAUGUCAUGUCCUAUUGGGGUAACUUUGCUCGGACUGGGUCUCCAAAUGGGCCAGGAUUGACUCCAUGGCCUGAGUUUGGAGAUGAGGCUGAGUACCUGGGCAUCGGGUUGGAGCAGCGGCCUGGUAAAAACCUGAAGGGGAAGCGGUAUCUCUUCAUGACUAAAACUAUUCCAGAGAUGGUGCGUGUACGCAAGGGGAGGGAACACACUGAGCUUUAAAAUGAAGAUUUGACUUUA